AUGAGGUGUCUUCACUACGCCAGCAUCAUCGCGUGGUUCGGCACGGCCAUCCUCUUCGGCGUCUUCUUCAACAAGCCGCCGCCGGAGCUCCCACCUCCUCCAGACACGUGCUCACGGAGGGGCUUCCUCUGGCGCAAGUGCUCCGACGGCUGUGUGCGCCAGGGCAGCGUCUGUGUGCCGGACCGGCGGCUGUACGCUGGCCUCCGGAUGCCAAUGGGCGUGACCGAGGUGUCGCGCCGGCCCUCGCCCGCCCGCGCGCACGACCUGAUGAAGAAGCGGUCGGUGCCAAACUGCCUCGCCGCGGCCGACAUCUUUGAGGCCGCGGCGAGGGCGGCGCACGCCGACGCGGUGGCGGCGGCGGAGCUGAAGCUGAUGGCGGGCAACGCGCUCAACUGCGCCAUGCGCAUCCGCGGCAGCGGCAACAUCCUUCUCCUCGACGGCACCCUCGACACACCCGCCAACAAGAAGUUUUGGGGCGCGCGGCUGCCCUCCCCUACCCCACGGCGAGCACGGGCCGCGCGCACUCGCGCUCUGCGGCAGGCGCUCUUCAUCUCUCCCCACAUCUCCCCACAUCUCCACCUAUCUCCUAAUCUCUCCCGCGCACUCGUCGCGCUCACCGGCGCUGGCGCAACCUUCAAGUCGCUGGCAGAGCAGGCGCGCUCCCCUACCCCUUCGCUCGUGAGCGAGCACGGGCCGUGGGACGGCCACGUCGGCCACUGCUACCUCGGAGGCUUCUUCGCCGUCGCGCCGUGGCCACUCGGCGACAGGAGGCGCGCGCUGCAGGAGAUGGAGUCGGCCUUCGAGGCGGCGCCGCGCACGCGCCGGAACGGCUACUACACCUGCCUGCUCCGCUACCAGCACGAGGACUUCCCGGGCGCGGCGGCGGCGUGCGACGCGGCGCUGCGCAGCGGCGCGUGCGACGGGCCGACCACCCCGGACUACUGCGACCGGCUCACGGAGGAGACGAGGAGGCUGCUGGCGCUGGCCUCGCGCGCCGCCGCGCAGUGA